UAUUUUCUGUUUUAGUUUAUUUCCGAAAGCCCGUGGGGUCGUGGUACGGUUUUCUUUCGAAACGGCGCGGCGGUUUCGAGUUUGGAUUUUCCGAAACGAGACGCGCGGUUUUCAUUAAUUUUCGUUUUUUUUUUUUCGCGUUUUCGGUUAUUGUGUUUGGAUAACUCGAUUCUCGCGGACAGAUAGUUUUAAGUCGCUCGGUGCCUUUGUGGGUGGUAAAAUGGCCGAAAUGCCGCCCGCACGUCCCGAACCACGACGCUUGGCAGCUCUAAGCGGACCGGUCCUUUAAAUUUCGCCAGAGACGCGCAAAAUGCUAAAGUCCUUGGAGGAAUACGUAGUUGAAAUGGAAAAUCGCAGUGCCAUAAACGACCAGAACGCGCAGUCGCUCAGCGACGACGUGUGGACUCAGCUUCAGCAGAAGGAAAACGACCUCUUGUUAGCCGCGGAGCUCGGGAAAGCUCUGCUCGAGAAGAAUGAGGAGCUGAAGAAACAGCACGACGCGGCUGUCGAAGAGCUGUCGAAAAAACUCGAGGCCGUAGAACAGGACAGACACCUGCUCCGCAAAAAACUCACCAGCAAAGAAUCCGAACUAGACGCGCGGAUACUGGAACUCGAAAAUGACGUUUCGGAACUUAGAACCAAGCUCGCUGCCAAAGAGGCUCUCCUGAAGCAAUGGGAGAGGGACAAAAGCAGCCUGGUCGAGGAACUGACGUCACAAAAUGCCAGGCUCACCCAGCAACUCAAAGAAUCCGCGUCCGUCGAGCACCAGCUCAGACAUCAGCUGGAGAGCUACAAGGAUCAGAUCACGCUGGGCAAAUCCAACCUUCAGCAACAUCUGAACAGUGUCGACGGGCUGAAGGACGAACUAGAACUGGUGGCCGAGAAGAAUAAGGAACUCGAGAGGAGGUUACACGCUGUGGCGGAAGAAAGGGACCACCUGGCUAGUACCCUCGAAGAGGCUUCGGAUAGAAUCUUGUUGAUGGAAAGGCACGCCAGAGAACAAGACAUGAGGUACCAGCAGAGUCUCAAAGAAUACAGUCUACCGCAGGAAAAAUUGUCCAUAGAAGAAAGGUUGAACGGUGACCACCGCUCCCUUCUAGCAGAAAUGGACAUCUCGGAACCUACCCUAUCGCAGGAAUGCAUGUCGGUCUAUAGGCAGCUAAGGUCGUUGGUCCAGCAGCUCAAGUCUCACCAGGACGACGAUAGCGGAUUGCAUUCAGACUGUUCCACAGUAUCGUUGGAAGACAGUAGCAGGUUCUCCCCGGGAUUGCUUAGCGAGGUGGCGCAAGAGCUGGUAGGUUUGGUACUGGAUACGGACGUGGUGCGGCUCUUGGAGAGACUGGAGCAAGCGAGAAGGGAAAUACAAGAGAGGGACGAGGAGCUGACGAAGAGGAUGGAAAGAAUUAUGGAGUUAAAUAGCAAGUCGUCCGUGUGCGAAGUCGAACUUCAGGCAGCUUUAGAAGAAAGAGACCGAGCGAGACACGACGCUAACGACACCUCGUUGGCCCAAGACGAAGUAGUGGCCAAAGCAAGAGAAGACAGAGACCUGGCGGUGCAACGCAAAACCAAAGUUGAAGUUGAACUGGCCAAAACGCGCGUGGAACUAAUGCAAGCGAACGGGCAACUGCUGGAAGUCGUUCAGCAGAAGGUGGAGAUGAGUCAGCAACUGGAACAGUGGCAGAUGGACAUGCACGAGCUUCUCGAUGAACAGUUGAAGAACAAGCUGUCCAAUCACGAACUGAAGGCGAGGAAUAGCGAGCUGCAGGCGCCCGCGGCGCCGCCUAGGAGAAGACUGUUUUUGGGAUUCUUUCAACGAUGAACGCCGUUUUUUUUCUUUUUAGUUAAUUUACACGAGAGUUUUAAUAGUGUCUUUUUAUGUGCCCGUUUGUAGAUAUAUUGCGAAUAGUAUGAAAUAUACAUUGUAAUUUAUAAUUAAAGUUAACUAAAAACUGUGAUUGUAAGAGUGUUUACAAACAAUAACGAAAUUAUCGCGUACUUAAAAUUAACCCGACAACCAAAUGUUUUUUUUAAGUAGUUAUAAUAAGGCCCUCACUUUUGCAUAAUUUUGCUUUUCCAAAUGUUAAAGCAAACAAUUUUAGCGGAAGUCGGUUAGUCGAAUACGUUUUGUGCAAUUUUUUUUUCUAAGUAGAUUUUGUCAAGUGUUGAAGGCAUUCCGUCCAAAAAUAACUAAACCUCUAAACUGAAACACGAAUAGCAAUUUUUACCAUUGUAACAAAAUAAGACUUAAAUAAAGAGU